CCUACGAAGCUGCCACGGAAUGGAGAAAGUUGCAAGGCGCUCCAAUAGCUGCGCCAGCUGAAAAAAAAAACCUCCUCCCAGAUUUUCAAACAUGGCACUCGCUAUAAAGGCAGGGCUAGAACUGCCGGAGCCGUGAGUAUAGCCUGCGCUUUACAAAAAGACAAGACAGUGGGCAAGGACCCCUUAAAACAAGUUGUGGCCUCUGUUUAACUUAUCUAGCUUAUACAAGGACAUUCGCUUCACACAGAGAUGAAGAAUUUUAUAGGAGUGGUCAUGGCGGUCGUACUUCUGAGAGUACAGGGAAAAAAGCCAAAUAACGGUUAUUGCGUUCAAAACAGCUGCUUCACUGUCCAUACAGACAUUGUGGAUUUUAGUGCAGCACAGCAGUCUUGUGAGAAGAAAUUGGGUUGUUUAAUGUCUGUUCGAACGACAGACAUAAACGAUGUCAUUUCAGAUCUACUUACUGGAUUUUCUGGACAUUUUUGGAUUGGUUUAAUACACAAAGGUGACAGAUGCACAGAUUCGUCCCUUGAUCUCAAAGGAUACACUUGGAUAACAGGAGAUAAUACAACUCGUUUCAAAAACUGGAAAAGCAAUGACAUUGCCUGCUCUCAGCGAUGCGUGUCACUAUCCAAAAAUGAUGAAAAAUGGACGGAAAGACUCUGUAAUGAUACAACGGAUAUCGAAGGAUAUUUGUGUGAAUACCGAAACACUAAAAAAUGCGGACGGCUUACAUCUGAAUCAGUGGUUCUUUAUGAAACUCCUUUCGGAUUUUCGAGAAAGGAUCUAAAUGAAGUGCCCCAUAGCAGCAAUGCAACGCGCCUGGAUCUGAGAACAAAACACAUCUGUUUAGAAGGUGAGUGGCUUCGCGCACCUUGGAGCUGUGAAGUUUAUAAAGGUGGUUGUGAACAUAACUGCGACAACAGGAAUGACACCUACACUUGUACCUGCCCACCUGGGUAUAAACUUGAAAGUAAUGCAGUCAGUUGUGAAAAGGCACAAGAUGACCCCUGUGAAAAAGCGAGUUGUUCACAUAUCUGCUUACCAAGAGGAAAUAACUAUGAGUGUCGAUGUCCCAGUGGAUUUGCCAUUGAUAAGGAUGGAAAGAUCUGCGAAGAUAUCAAUGAGUGUGAUGAUAAACGACUGUGUCCAGGAAAAUAUUUACAGUGUGUCAACACAGUAGGUAGCUUUGAGUGUCACUGUAUGAAUGGCUUUAAGAAGGAAAGGGACACUUGUGUAGACAAUGAUGAAUGUGAAUCUGGACCCUGUGACCAUAAUUGCUUUAAUACCAUAGGCAGUUAUUAUUGUGAAUGUUGGGAUGGAUACGAAGUGUCACCAGAGGACAGACACAAAUGUGCCCUUUAUUGUCCACAGUGGGAAUGCCAGGCAGUGGACUGUGACCCUAACAACCCUUAUCAGUGUGACUGCCCUCGUGGCUUUAUUCUAGAAGAGAGACCAGCAGGUCUUUUUUGCACUGACAUUGAUGAAUGUGAUAUGUUAUAUUGUGACCAACAUUGCAAAAAUACCAUUGGAGGUUACAAUUGUUCUUGCAAUGAAGGAUUUAACCUUAUUGGUAAUACUAAAUGUGAGAAGACAGGCAUUUCAGAGGAACCACAUACCACAACCUUUGACAUCUUUACGCCUACCCCAACUGAGAAACCUUCAAAUGUCCCAAGAGGUCUUGGAAUAAGUGUGUGCACUGUUGUGGUAAUUCUGCUGAUGGCCUGUCUUGCCUAUUACCUUAUGAAGUGUUGUGGGAAAAUGGGCAGCUUAACUUUAGACAAAGGCUGCAAUGAAGAUGUGCAUGGUUUGCAGCAAGUGACUACAGAAAAAUACACCAAGAAACUGUCCAACAGAAACAUUUAUAUUUAAAACCACUGUAGUACCUUUGAGGGUACAUUUACAUUGUUUGUACCUUAAUGAAGGAAAAAUGUACCUGCACAGUAACCUUUAUUUCUAACAGUGUAGGGCUGAUUUAUUUAAACACUGGAUGAAGUUGGGACAUGUUUCCGGGUUACUUUCAUAAACAAAGCCCAGUACCUUUAUAGAGACUGACACAGAAACACACAUAUACAAAACACAUUUAAAAGCAAGAAAUGUUUUGCCUAUGUUUGUAAGAUUUGGGAAAUCAGUUGGCUUUAUGAAGGCCAGAGACAUUGUGAAGACGUUGAUGAAUGCAUAUCUAGACUCUUGGUGUAAGCUUGUACUCUAUAAACUGAAGUUCAUUUAUUUAUUCCAAGUAAAAAAUACUACACAAAUCCUCAACUGUGAGUUGUGUUGUGUAACAAGCAUUACUAUACUGAAUGUUACUAUUACAGAUGCUCUAUAAUCACAUGGAUAACAGAGGAACAGUUGCAAAUACUGUAUUUUAAGAAAAACAGAAACAAAGAAAAAGAAAGCAUUGCUGCAUAAGUGCAGAAUGGUCGUAUGUAUUAGAGAUUAUUUAGGUUUACCAGUGCCUAACCAGUUGUGAAACUAAUAUUGAUAACACACCAAGAAAAUGAAAGAAGGAAUUGAAAACUAAUAACCUAUGAUUACCAUAAUUCUGCAUGUAUAACAUUAUUAAUCUUAAUAUAUAAAUUUGGUAUGUUUAUUUAACAACUAAUGAGUGGUAAUUGUCCUGGGAAGUUUCUUUUUCUUUAAAAUGAAUUUGGUUGAAUGUUUAAUAAAAAAUUAAUUUAAAAUUGCUGAAACUCGAUGGAUUGGUGACAGAAAAACAGAAAAAAUCUCAUCGCACUUUGAGAUUUGUAAUGUGUCUAAGGUUUAAAUGUUUUUUACUUGGAAAUGUAACUAAGUAAAAGUACAAAUAUUCAACUGAAGUGUAUUCCACCCCUGUAUAUCUGUUAAGUCCAAGAGAGCAAUUAGCUACACAGUCAUUUGGGGGCCUGCUAUGUGUCGUAGAUAGUUAAUGCAUGAGAGAUUUAACAAAAGGUUUCAGGUCGAUUGUAAAUAUGGUAUUUGUAUCUGGUGUUCAUUGUUGUUUUCUCACAUGAAGACAACAAAUUGGUGUCAAUGGCAGCAAAGCAGACCAUCGUGAAACAAGAAGCCAGUAAACAGAUCAAGAACACUUUACAUGAUGUACAGAUUGAUGUGUCAAAGACUAUUAUUAAGAAAGAAAUACACCAGGAUGACAUCAGAGAGUUCACUAAAAUUCAGAAUAAUGAUAAGACUUAAGAAAAGAAAGCUCAUUCAAAGAAAGCCCUGAUGGCUCACCACCUUCUGGUGGUGGAUUGCAAAUUGCACACAGUCAUCCACCAAACUCUAAAGGGUUUGGAGACAAGUAUAAACAUUUGGU